UCCAGAUGCGAUAGACAUGGCGAAAUACAGAGAAGUUUUUACGAGGAGGAUGGCCAUGGCAGGACUUAGACCUCAUCACCGAAUUGCUCUUGGAGUUUCUGGCGGACCCGACAGUGUAGCUUUAUGUGUUUUAACGGCGGGUUGGAAGACUGAUGCCCUAGUUGAAACUGACGAGGCCACUGGUUGCAUCCAUGGGCUUCUGGCUAUCGUUGUUGAUCAUGGGUUGCGAGCAGAAAGCAAAGAUGAGGCAAACUGUGUCCGUGAUAGGGUCUCCAAAAUGGGAAUCAGAUGUGAGAUAGCUCAAUGUGAUUGGUCGGUUGGUAGGCCAAAGUUGGGUCAUUUGCAGGAGGCUGCUCGUGACAUGAGGUAUCAAAUUUUGCAGAAUGUCUGCCUCCAGAACCAGAUAGGAGUGUUGCUUAUUGCCCAUCAUGCAGAUGACCAGGCUGAAUUGUUCAUUCUCAGACUAUCUCGCAACAGUGGUGUCCUUGGGCUUGCUGGAAUGGCAUUUACCUCUCAAUUGUACUCUUCGUAUACCUAUUGUCCCAGUGUGAAUUCAACUAAUCGUGGGAUUUUAUUAGUUCGACCGCUACUAGAGUUUUCAAAAGAGGAUAUGUACAAGAUAUGUCAAGGGUGGAAUCAGGAAUGGGUGGAAGAUCCAACAAACCAAAGUCAAUUAUUUGCUCGUAACAGGAUUCGUAUGUUGCUGAAAAAUUUUUCCUCAGGUGUAUUUAGAUCUGAAAUACAAGCUGUUAUUUCUGCCUGUCGAAGAACACGUUCUUUUGUUGACCAACUCUGCUAUAAUUUGAUAAAUCAGGCUGUGACCAUCAUGGUUCAUGGAUAUGCUGUUGUUGAUUUAGAGAAGCUUGCACCAUCAAAUGUUAAGAACAUAUGCCUAACAAAGUUUGUUGCAUUGGUUUUGCAGUUCAUCUCUCAAAGGCACAGGCCUAUUCGGGGGAGAACUUCACAGCUGCUGUUAGACUACAUCCGUACCUUCCCAUGCAAGAGUUCCCUUACUGCAGCUGGUUGCUACCUUUGUGCUGCCCCAGGAUCUAAAGGCACAAAGAUCCUAGUAUGCUGUUCACCUAAUUCUCCUCGGCCAGCAAAGAUAGAAUCAUCUUGGAUAUAUUCUUGUGAAGAACAGAAGCACUGCGUACCAAGUGAAAUAGAUCAAAUUAUUGUUGAUGGAAGAUCGUAUUUAGAAAAGUCCAUCUCAGAGGUGUUGUUUCUGGAUGCAACUUCUCCAGAAUAUCUUCUAAAUGAAGCCAAGAGACUCAAGAUUCUUAGCGAUCUCUCACAUAGAAGCAUACUCUCAUUGCAACAGGAGGAAAUCAAGCAUUUCAGGUCCAAAACUGAAGUUACGUCUGAACCUGAGAUAAUGCAUGAACAGGAAAGUGUAUCUCCAAGUGAACUACUAGAAUCUGGGAAUUUUUGUCACUUUAUGAACAGAUUCUUGGUCACAUGGAAACUGUGGGGAACAAGUACAAAGGAUCUAUCUUGUAUGGAGAACACUUGUUCCCAGUGGGACUCAGAAUGCCAAAGUAAGGAUUACUGUUGCGGGUCUUGUGUAGUGGGUCAUGGCACAGUAGCUAGGGUCCGCUAUAUGAUUGAUGCUGAUUGGUUAUAUCUAUAUAACCUAUCAAAAUGUCAAAAAACAGAAGAAUGUCAACAACAGGAAAUUCCCGCAGGCAGUAAGAAGGAUCAAGUAACAGAAAGGACAAAGUUUUGUUCAGAGUAUAUGAGGAUAUCAGCUCAAAUAGCUGUCAAGUCAUUGAAGUCUAUCCCAGUAUCUGCAAGAAGAAGCCUCCCAGUCCUGGUCAAUCCUCAGGGCCUAUUACUGAGCAUUCCGAGCAUUUGUUUCAAGCAUUGCCCUAAUUUGAGAGCUUCUGCUGUGUUCAAACCAAGAGUACCCCUCGGAGGAGGCCAUAGUUCAUUUAUCUAAUAUCUCAAGAGUCAGAAAGUAAUGCCCAGCAAGUUCAGCAGCCAUGGAAAUGACUGGGGUUAGCUGUGGUUGUAUUCAUUUAGCCUUCUGUAGAUAAAUGAUAAAA